UGACGUGGCGUCCGGGCCGGACAAUUGUCAAGCUUGUUCUUGGUUCGAACCGUCAUGCCGACCGUUGGGAUACUGCGUUGCCAGCCUCGCGUCCGUCCGCCAGGUUAAGCACAUUUACGUCCUCCUCGUGCUUCUGUGCAAGUCAAUCACUACGCUACUGAAUUGCGCUCGCCGUGGACAUGGCGUAGCCUCCAUCAUUUUGUGCCUCAAUUCGGAACGGGGCGCUUACUCCCGGCCGUCAUCGUGCCCCAGGUUCCACGUCGAACGCGCUCAACGCAGGCAGCGAACCACACGGAUUGACUUCCUCCGUAGACCUCUCCUUUCCUCCGCGAGUCACUGCUCCACGCGCGGCGUCUAUAUCUCAAUUCUCCGGGUUCCUGCUAGUCGCAUACGAUGGUGUCAAACAUGGCGGCACUCAACGACCGCGACGAUCUCACCGACACUCGGGAGUGCCACUCUCCCGAGUUGCUUCUGGUCGAUCCACCGGCCCCUAGGCAUGCAUCUAUGGUCGAAACCUAUUUCGGUGCGCACUCGCAAGGCACGUCCAAUCAUGCCUCAGGCGACGGAACUCCGCCUACGGCGGCGCUGUCGAUCGCAGUGUCCUCCGCGACGAUAUCAGCCGUCAAUUCCGACGCCCCCUCAGAGGCCAACCUUGACACUCUCUCGCGCAACAUCGCCACGCUGAAGCGCAACAUCGAGAUCCACAAGCGCCGAAAUCAAAAGCUCGCUAGACGUGUCGAGGAGCUUGAGGGACAGAAGGAUGAAGCGGACGCGCAGUGCGAGACACUGGAGAAGGAGCGGGAUAAGGUGACGAGGGGGAGGGACGCAUGCGUGGCGAGAUCGGAUACACAGGACACCGUGCGGAGGGAGAUCGAUGCGCUGCGCUUGGAACUUGGGAGGAUCAAGCGCGCACUGGGUGACGCUGAAGAGGACCGAAACGAGCGUGUACGGGACGCGCAAGCGCUCAAGCUCGAUCUCGACGCGAAGGCGGUGGAACUGUGCCAGAAUGAAGGGGAUUUGCGAAGGCAACGCGCGGAGCUGCGGGAGAUGGGCGACGAUCUGGAGGACAAACGCACCGAGUUGCAUACAUUGCGCACUGCGCUAGCGCAGUCUCAGGACGCGAGGAAACGAACCGAAGAGGACAGAACGCGCGUCGAGGGCAAGCUUUCGCAAUCCAACACCGCUCGGGAGGUGCUCAGCGUGCGCGCUUCUGCCGCCGAGGCCCACGCCAUCGCAGCCGAAGCGCGCGCCGUUGACGCAGAGGAACGCGCCGACAACGCCCUCGAGCGCGUCGCUGAGGCGGGGGCAAUCGCGCUCUCCUCCAGUGCUCGCGCAUCAGACGCCGAAUCUGUCGCAACCGCUGCUGAAGCACGUGCGGCUGCCUGCGAAGAGCGCGUCGCCCUCGCACAAGAGCGCACCAUCAUCGCAGAGACUCAGGAAGCUGCUAUCGCCGAGGAACUGCGCGUUGCGAAGGACGCGCUUGAAGCCGCGGAAAUGCAGGCGGCGCGCGCAAUCACGGACAAGCAAGAGAUGCUGCAAUCUCUGCAGGUCCGGUCCACCGAGCUCGCCUGCAUCCGAGAUGAGCUUGCACAGUCCACGGAUGAGCUCGCUCGAGCGCACGCGGAAAUCGAGGAGACCAAGGUCGAGCUAGCUGGGAAGGAGAUGGCGAGGCUUGAGAUGCAGGCCCAUUUCGUGGACCUGCGGGACAGAUUCGCCGAGAUCUCGUGCAGGCUGGGGGUCCCACACUCGGCGCCUUCAAAGGAAUCAUCGCCUUCUAGGUCUCUCUCUUCGGCGCGCACGGUAGCGCCGUAUUCGGCUUCGACAUCGGCUCCUCCGUAUACUGCGCGUGUAGCGUCACCUGUAACUCUGGCAAGGGUCGCGGCAUCUUCACCCUCACUCACGACUCCGAUGCUAGCGCAUCCUUCUUUCUCCAUGACUCGUCCCUCCUCCGUAUCGGCCAGCUCGACGGGCUUAACAGCGACAGACCCGAGGGAUGAUCCUUCCUCUGGUGCGAGCGUAGAACCUCAUUCUGCUCAUUCGUCGCGCGCUCCUACAAAGGUCCCUGCAACACUCCGGCCAAUCGGUGGUCCUUGCCUCGAGGGAGAGGACGAUGCGGUGGAAUCGCACCUCUCGCUGAGUCGUGGCUCUGCCGACGACGACGACGGUACAGUACGAGGUCAUCACUCGCGCAGUCCGUCAGCGUCCAGAACCUCUGUCCGCCAGCAAACCGGCUCCGAUGUCCCCUCUUUAUCGUCGUCACUUGACGAUGCUUCAGCUCCAAGCGAGUCGGAGGCCCCGCUCGGCCAGAACGGCGUCGACGAGAAGUCCUCGUCGCCGAAGCGGCCCAGACAACGCCCCUAUAGCCCAAAUGCAGUCGAUGUAUCGAGUAUCUCAACGAACAAACGGCCUCGACGAACGCGCAGCUCAAAAGGCUUCCCUCCUACGAGCACCUCCAGCUUAGGCCGUACGCCAUUGUCUGACAGACGACCUCGGUCGUCGCGGAGAGCGACGCGCGGCGAUAUUAAGCCUGUGCCUUGGGAGACCUUGAAGCCCAAAGUGCGUGAGGUUUCGACGAAGCCAAGGAAAGAUACGAGGACCGGAGAGCUAGGCUCAUCUGCAGGGUCGUCCGUUGAUGAACGAGGAGCGCGCAGGUGUGGGCAGUGUGAGCGCACCCAAGAUCACCUUACGAGCCCGCGAUGGCUCCCCGGACCUCUAGGUCCGGCGUCUAUAUGUCAGAUAUGCUGGCGCAAUAAUCGCAAGAACACCUGAGCGUGUCCCCUUCGGGGUGACAUACGAAAAUUUUGGAACGAUAAAGAACACUUGAGCGUCGGCGAAUUGGGGAAUACCGGCACAGGCGAGCGGACGUUGCGCCCGUACUAAGAUCCCUCUUUCCCUCAUGUGAACUCGACAUACAUGUACCUCAUCUUGAUCUGGCCUCACUUUCUUGAUCCCUCAUGAAGCAUUGCCUGCGUUCCAUGAUCAUUUGUACCUCAUGUAUCCAACUAGUAGAAGCUCAUCCGAGCACAAAUAUGACAAGUUGUCUUGCUACCU